AUGUCGCAAUCCUCUGCUUCUGGUAUCGACUCGGCUGCCCAGACUCAACUAUCUUCGAAAACGAGCACAAAUCUACUCCACCUGCCAAACGAAGUGCUCCUCCAAGUCCUCCAGGAGAUCGUCCCGGAUCCACCCAAAGGCGAACACAGCGCUUUCGCAAGCCUGCUCCGUGACACAAAUCACAUUUCUCUCGAGUACCUCGAGUACAUGCGGAUCGCGGCGGUCAGUAAACGGUUCAGGCAGCUGGCUCGAGACGCUUUCUUCAACACCUAUAUGGCACUCUUGAGAAUUUGUUUAUACGCACCACUCGACGACGACCCAAUCCGCCAAGCAGUGAAGCGGGACUCUCGUGUCGAAACAUCUCUCGAUCGUUAUUCGAUCUUCCGGACUCGGCUGCAGCGGCUGCAUCUCCAUAUGGAAGUCUGGUGGACCGAGUACGUCCACGAAGGUGUCGAGCUGUUGAAAUACGCGCUGCGCAAGUAUCCUUCUUUGAUGGAGGUGCAGCUUGAUGUGACUAUGAUAGAGCUGAAGGAGGAUGGAGCGGAGAUUGCUUGUAAAAUGUGGGAGGUCUUGUGUGCGUGGAGGAAACGGCGGCGCGCUAAAAGAAAGGUCAAGCUGGGGAUGACGGUGUGGUUCGACGAUAAGAGGCUGACUUACCAUGCUUACGGCGCUGUCACGGUCAAGGACCUCCGGAAGCCUCGGAAUGCUUGA